GCGAUUACGACAGUGUUUGGCACAGAGUAGCGAUUAGCGUUUAAGCAUAAGCCAUAAGCCCCUUCUCUCUCUUUCCAGAGCGAAAGGAUCUCACUUUUGAAAAUAACAUAAUCGUGUGCUCUCUGUCCCAAACCAAAAACAAACCGCGGCAACUCAGUUUCUCCGAUCACCGACUCAACAAUAUUCGAAACCCUUCGUUACUUCGAUCGGCGAAGAAGAGAACCCAAACACCGGUGCUUUUUUUUAUUUUUUGGGGCUCCGAACUGAAUCUCGUCGGGGAAAUAGCUUGAAGAAAAGGCGCACGGAAUCUUAGGGUUUAGGAGCGCGGAACGAACGGUUUUCACUUCCCGAGCUUGGAUUGAUUUGGAAAUGAACCGGUGAUUGAGGAAUUUGGAGGGAAAUUCGCAAGGGGAGGAAAACCUAAUUUUCCAACUUCAUCUUUUUUCUUCCACUUCUGUUCUCUUCGUUUGCAUGAUUAUCAGAGUGGAAGUGCGUUAGUGAAGUUAGGAUUCGAGGGUUUUUGAGAGCUGUGAUUGUAUUUGAUCGCGGGUGGAACAUCCAUCGGCGCAGAAAACUCGUAACAUGAAGAUAGUUAUUUGGAAUUUUGAGGUUUGAGCUGUGUAAGUGUUCGCUUUGAUGAGGUGUUGGUUAAUGCGUUGAAUAGACAUUGGUCGGUGAACACGACAUGGACUACGAUUCAGAUAACCCAUCGCAAGAUGGGAGGGAUGAAGAUGAUGAAGAAGAAUAUGAGGAGUCUGGCAAGGAUAGUGGUUUUUUAGCCCUCAUGUUUGGAAAUUUUGAUAAUUCGGGUGGUCUUGAUGCUGAUUACUUUGACGAGGAUGCAAAGGAGCAUAUUCAUGCAUUGGCCGGAAAGUUGGAUUCAUCACUGACAGAUAUAGAUUUGUCAGGAAAAUCACCGCAAACACCACCUGAUGUUGUUGAACAAGACUCUAUCGAAAAGGCUGAAGAUGCAGUUGAUUAUGAAGAUAUUGAUGAGGAGUAUGAUGGCCCAGAGACUGAAGCUGCAAAUGAAGAGGACUAUUUACUCCCAAAAAAGGAAUUUUUCGCUGCUGAAGCCUCCCUGGAAGCUCUAGGGUCUAGAACUUCUGUCUUUGAUGAUGAAAAUUAUGAUGAAGAAUCUGACAAGGAACAAGAUGGAGUUGAUGAUUCUAAAGCUGUCUCUUUGGCUGGGGAGCAGGAAAAGAGUGUUGUAGAUGCAUCUAAAGAAGACAAAGACAGUGCGCUUGAACGUGAUGUACAAGUUGGGUUGCAGCAGACUGAAGAAUUGGCCUUCAAGGUAAAGACACUUGAGGAAGGGCCUGAAGUUCUGAAAAGGUCUACGCCGUUGCCAGUUUUGUAUGUGGAAGAUGGGAUGGAAAUUUUACGCUUCUCUGAAAUCUUUGGUAUUCAUGAACCUCUGAGGAAAGGAGAAAGGAGAGAGCAUCGGCAUUCUGUUACACACGAUAGAUACAAAUCAUUGGAUUUAUCUGAUGAUAUUGUAGAAGAGGAUGAAGAGGCAUUCCUCAAGGGAUUCUCUAGUCUUUCACUGACCAAACAGGCUUGUGUAGUCCAUAAUGAUGCAUCAGAAAGUAAUGAUGUUGAUUUGGAAUUUCCAAAAUUUGGAUUUCUUCAUGGGGAUGCCUCAACACCUGCGAAAGAUGAUCGACAACAAAAGGACUCUUGUCUUAGUGCUGAACCAAUGAAAGGCGAUUUCACGAAUGAGCUUCCAUGGAAAGAUACUUAUGUCUUGUCAGCCAACUUUUAUCCUCUUGAUCAGCAAGAUUGGGAAGAUGAAAUCAUUUGGGGCAAUUCUCCUGUUGUAAGUGACACUAAUUUUGAGAGCUGUGAAAUUUCGGGACCAGAGUUGGGAGCCUCUGGUGGUAGUGAAAUAGAAAUUGAAAGUGGGAUACAGAAUAUACAGUUGGAGCCCCAGAAAAUAAUGGAGGAGAAAAAAAGUAAUGUUUUCAUGUGCAGCUCUCCUUUAUCAUUGGAACACACGUCUGAAAAGCAUAAUGAGCUUGGCCAUGUAAAGUGUUUUACCAAGGUGAUGUCUCAAAAUAGAGACCUGGCUGAGGGGUCUUGGUUAGACAAUAUUAUAUGGGAGUUCAAUAAACCUUCUGUUAAACCAAAGCUUAUCUUUGAUCUUGAAGAUGACCAAAUGCACUUCGAAGUUUUGGAUAACAAGAAUAGUAGCCAUCUUCACCUUCAUGCUGGGGCUAUGAUUUUGACUCGUUCCUUAAAAUCAAGCAGUGGGGAUUCUGAGCUACCAGUACAGGGAGGUCAAUAUGGAUGGCGAUAUGUUGCUAAUGAUAAACAUUAUUCAAACAGGAAAACUUCUCAGCAACUGAAGUCAAAUUCUAAGAAACGCUCAGCGCAUGGUGUCAAAAUUUUCCACUCCCAACCUGCACUGAAGCUGCAGACAAUGAAGUUGAAGUUGAGCAAUAAAGAUAUUGCAAAUUUUCACCGUCCUAAAGCAUUAUGGUAUCCCCAUGAUAGUGAGGUUGUUGUCAGAGAACAGAGAAAACUGUCAACACAGGGACCCAUGAAAAUUAUUAUGAAGAGCUUGGGUGGCAAGGGGACAAAACUACAUGUUGAUGCUGAAGAAACUCUAGCUUCUGUUAAAGCAAAAGCUGCUAAAAAGCUAGAUUUCAAGGGAUCAGAAAACGUGAAAACAUUUUAUUUGGGGAGGGAGCUUGAGGAUCAGAAAUCACUUGCUGCACAGAACGUUCAAUCAAAUUCAUUGUUACACCUUGUACGGACAAAGAUUCACUUGUGGUCAAGGGCACAAAGGGUUCCUGGUGAGAAUAAGUCACUGCGUCCUCCAGGGGCAUUCAAGAAAAAGUCUGAUCUGUCCGUGAAAGAUGGCCAUGUUUUUCUGAUGGAGUAUUGUGAGGAAAGGCCUUUACUUUUGGGCAAUGCUGGAAUGGGUGCAAGGCUUUGUACGUACUAUCAAAAGUGUUCUCCAGAUGAUCAAUCUGGCUCUUUAUUACGCAACACUGAUAAUAGCUUGGGGCACAUUAUAUCUCUCGAUCCAGCUGAUAAAUCUCCGUUCCUUGGGGACUUGAAACCUGGCUGCAGUCAGUCCUCACUGGAGACAAAUAUGUAUAGAGCACCUAUAUUUCCUCAUAAAGUUCCAUUAACUGACUACCUGCUGGUACGCUCACCAAAGGGAAAGCUAUCACUAAGGCGCAUUGAUAAAAUUAAUGUUGUUGGACAGCAGGAGCCUCUGAUGGAGGUGUUAUCACCUGGAAGUAAGAAUCUUCAGACUUACAUGAUGAACAGGCUAUUAGUACACAUGUGCCGUGAAUUCCAAGCGGCAGAGAAGCGGCUCUUGCUCCCAUGUGUCCGUAUUGAUGAGCUUCUGUCACAAUUUCCUUACCUAUCAGAAGCCUCUUUCCGUAAAAGGAUUAAGGAAUAUGCCACUUUACAGAGGGGAACAAAUGGACAGUCAAUUUUGGUUAAAAAGCGAAAUUUUCGCAUGUGGUCUGAGGAAGAAUUAAGAAAAAUGGUGACCCCAGAACUUGUUUGUGCUUAUGAAAGCAUGCAAGCUGGCCUCUACCGUCUGAAACAUUUAGGCAUAACCGAAACACACCCUACUAAUAUUUCGUCUGCAAUGAGUCGGCUUCCUGAUGAAGCGAUUGCACUGGCUGCUGCAUCACAUAUUGAAAGGGAACUGCAGAUUACUCCUUGGAACUUGAGUAGCAACUUUGUUGCCUGUACAAGCCAGGGUAAGGAAAAUAUUGAACGAAUGGAAAUCACUGGUGUCGGGGAUCCAUCUGGCCGUGGCUUGGGAUUUAGCUAUGCUCGGGCACCUCCAAAGGCACCAGUGUCUAGUGCAGUGGUGAAGAAGAAAGCUGCUGCUGGCCGGGGUGGUUCCACUGUUACUGGUACAGAUGCUGAUCUCCGUAGAUUAAGCAUGGAGGCUGCACGGGAGGUGCUGCUUAAAUUCAAUGUUGCUGAGGAAGUCAUUGCAAAACAAACAAGAUGGCAUCGCAUUGCUAUGAUACGCAAACUUUCAAGUGAGCAGGCUGCAUCUGGGGUUAAGGUCGAUCCAACUACUAUCAGCAAAUAUGCUCGUGGCCAGCGAAUGUCUUUUCUUCAGUUACAGCAACAGACCAGAGAGAAGUGCCAAGAGAUCUGGGAUCGACAACUUCAGAGUCUUUCAGCUGUAAAUGGUGAUGAAAAUGAGAGUGAUUCAGAAGAGAACAGUGAUCUAGAUUCUUUUGCUGGUGAUCUUGAAAAUUUACUUGAUGCUGAGGAGUUUGAAGAGGGAGAAGAGGGUACCAAUGACUUGAAACGUGAUAAGGGAGAUGGUGUUAAGGGUCUCAAAAUGAGAAGACACCCAACCUCAGCCCAAGCUAGGGAGGAAAAAGAAGAUGAAGAGGCUGAGGCUGCCGAAUUAUGCAGGUUGCUUAUGGAUGAUGAUGAAGCUGACAGGAAGAAAAAGAAGAAAGCUAGAGUUGUGGAAGAAGCUAGACUGGUACCAAAGCCGCCACCAAAAUUCAUCAUCUAUGACAGUACUGAACAAAAUAAGCAAGUAACAAAUACUUCACAACUAGAUGGAACCAUUCAUUUGAAAGAUGAUGCAAUUACAGAUCUCAGGGAGGAGGAAACUUUUCCUGCUAAAAAAGCGAAAUCAGUGAAGGUCACAAAAGCAAAGAAGAAUGAAAUUGCACCUAUUAGUCUACCUAAUAAAAAACUCAAACUAAAUAUAGGAGAAGGAGCAAUCAAGGUAUUUAAGGAGAAAAAACCAUCCAGGGAAACUUUUGUUUGUGGAGCAUGUGGCCAGCUUGGGCACAUGAGGACCAACAAGAACUGUCCAAAAUAUGGUGAAGAUCUAGAAGCACAGAUUGAAUCUACAGACAUUGAAAAACCAUCUGGAAAGUCUAUCAUUUUGGAUCCCUCUAAUCAGUCCCAGCAGAAAAGCCUCACGAAAAAGUUGGUGCCUAAAACUGCACCCAAAACCCCUUCAGUUGACAAUUCCACAAAAUUGAAGUUCAUAUGCAUCUCCACUGAGAAGUCUUCUGAUAAACCUGCUUUAGAAAACCUGCAGAGUUCUGAGAAGCCAGUCACAUCUGAUUCUGAAACUGCUAGGUCUGCUAAGGUUAAUAGAAUAAUUUUUCCUAAAAAAGUGAAGCCAGAUGAUACACAGGCUGAAUCUGUAAGACGUCCUAUCGUUAUUCGGCCUCCUACUGAUUCUGCUAGAGGUCAGGUUGAUUCUCCCAAGGUCCCAAUUAAAUUUCGGCCACCUACAGAUAUAGAGAGGGAGAGACAUCAUCAAAAGCUUGUUAUUAAACCUGCAAAGGAGAUUGUUGAUGUGGACCUUGACAGUCCUUAUGGAAACAAACGACUAGAACACAGAAAAACCAAGAGAAUUGUUGAACUGGCCAAUUUUGAGAAACAAAGAAAGCCAGAGCCCAUGUAUCGGCAAGCUAAAGAGGAGAGGAGAUGGUGGGAAGAGCAAGAGAAACGAAGAAACGAAGCGAGACUCAAAGAAGAAAGGGCUAGAAGACACCACAAAGAAGAAGUUAGGAUGCUCAGAGAGCAAGAGAAGUUAGACGAGAUAAAAAGAUUCGAAGAAGAUAUUAGAAGAGAGAGGGAGGAGGAGGAACGGCAAAAGGCGAAGAAGAAAAAGAAGAAGAAAAAGCCCGAAUUUACAGACGACUAUUUAGAUGACCCCAGAGCUAGAAGAUAUGAUAAGAGGAUGCUAGACAGAGACAAGAGCACGAAGAGGAGAUCCAUCGAGUUAGGAAAACGUGGCGCAGACUUGAUGCCGCCAACAAAACGGCGAAGAGGGGGAGGGGGAGAGGUUGGUUUAGCAAACAUAUUGGAGAGCAUUGUGGAUGCCAUGAAAGAUAAGUAUGAGCUGUCAUAUCUUUUUAUGAAACCGGUUUCCAAGAAAGAGGCUCCUGAUUACCUGGACAUUAUAGAGAGGCCUAUGGAUCUUGCUCGAAUCCGGGAGAGGGUUCGGAAUAUGGAGUACAAGAGCAGAGAGGAUUUCAGACACGAUGUUUGGCAAAUAACUUAUAAUGCUCAUAAGUAUAACGAUGGGCGAAAUCCUGGGAUUCCACCCCUUGCAGAUAUGCUUCUGGAAUAUUGUGAUUAUUUAUUGAAUGAGAAUGAUGAACACCUCACUGAAGCGGAAGCUGGUAUUGAGAAUAGAGAUUUCUAAAUGUCAUGUAAAAUUCAGAUCAUGAUUUGAUUAGGUAGAGCAGUCUUAAUUUUUUUUAAUUAGUGUAAGUUCUUGUGUUAAAAAGAAAUGAGUGUUUUCUGUACCAAUCCCCCAUAGUCUCAUUAAUUUUUCAUCGUGUAAGUGUAGAUCAGGAUGUUUCCAUUUAAAAAUUCUCUUAGAAGGCUAAACAAAGUCGAGCAGAUAAGUAGGGUACUAGGGUUAUAAAUAUAUAUGUCAUCAAUCAAGAGGACUGUUAUAGUGUUAUAAAAGUUAUUUACAUGUUCAUAUUUUAAAUGAAAACAUCGGAGCUUUCAAUA